AUGGAUUCGGACAGUGAUAUGAUUGUUAAACGAGUUAGUGUACCCAUGGGUUUGGAGGAGUUAAUGGAAGGUUUAAGCAAAGAAGUUUUGCUUAAGAAACCCAAGGAUUUAUGUGAGUUUGCUGCUGAGUAUUUUUCUAGAUUACUCGAACUACGACAUAAAGGUUCAUAUAAAGGUAACAAAAUUAAAAUUUUUAAACAAACCCUUACAGUGAUAGUUAUAGGGACAAGUUUCCGGAAUAUUACUUCGGGAUCCAAACAUAUAUCCAAAGAAAAGAUAGAAGAGUUUAUGAGAAUAAACAUAAAAGAAAGCGAAAGAGUCAAUAAAAAACGCACCGUUAGAGAAUCUUCAACAGAGCCUAUAGGGUAUAAAAGAACCCAACCAGGAAAAACUGUUAUAAACAUUGAAACUACAACAAGAAUAUCAAGAAAAGAUACAACCACAAAAGAUGUCAAACGACGAUCUACCGUUUCCACAGAAACAAGAAGUGAACACCGCAAACACUCAACCAGUAGAUCUAGUAACAGCAAUAGUAAUAGUAGUAGAAGAGAAACUUUAAAUGAAAAAGGCAAGAAAAUAUCACCCAGAGAAUCAUCAGAAAGCAAACGAUCUUCAUCGAAAGAAUCUAGCAGAAGUAGGAAGAAUUAUAGUGAAAGAUACUCUAGAACAUCAAAUGCAAGCAAAGAAAGAUUAAGUUCAGAAAAAUCAUCGUCUAGUGAACGUUUGUUGGGCAAAAAGGGUGGCGCAGCUGUUGCUGUAGCUGAAGGUGUAGCAAUAACAAAGGCGAAGAAAUCAAAGAGCGAAAACAAAGAAACCAUAGAUAACCAGAUAAACGAAAAUAUAGUUGCGAGUUCCAAUAUCCAAGAGAAUAGUGCUACCAGCAAUCAAAAAAUAAAAGAAAAAACUCAAAAAAUCAGAAACAGCCCUGAUAUAAAGGACAACACUUUAGACGACUCGUUCUCUGAUCAUUUUUCAGAUGCUACUCCGAACUUAGAAGACCUAUUAUUGGAUGAUAAAACCGUCACAAGCACAGAAAAUUCAUUUGAUAAUGUAGAAAAAUCCAAACACAGUUUGGAGAUUAUUGAGACUAUAAGUGAAAAUGUACAAAAUGAGGAGACGGUACAUAGUAAGAUAAGUGAAGAAGAAAUUAUUGUUGAUUCCAAUAAAAGAACUAUAAUAGAAAGAGUAAAUUUAAAGAAAGAAUUCAAUACUGCUGAAGGCACAAAUGUUGAUGAAUUACAACUAAAAAAUGAAGAUAAGAGAACUAAAGAAAAGCAAGAAUUAAAAACAGAAACUAAGAAUACUAUGAAUGGUGCCAAAGUUGAUUCUAAAAUACCAAUCACAGAAACAAAAACUACUGAAAAAGAUCAAAAAAUGGACAGGGAUAAAAAAGAAAAUGCAAAUAAUGAUGGAUUAAAUCAAAUAGAAACACCGGAUAAAACUGUAAAGGUAAAAACACUACAAAAAGGCAAACAAGUGGUAGAAGAUGAUGAAGAUGAUAAAGGGGCAUCUGAAUCAGAUGAAAAUUUUCAAAAAGACUUUAAAAUUUCCACUGACGAUAAAGAAAAAUCCAAUCAAAAUGACAUAGAAGCAAAAACUGAAGAAGUUUUUGAAGAAAGAAUUAUUAUAGAAGAAACAAAUGCAGGAAAAAGAUUAGAUAAUAAUAAAAUAGAACAUCCAAUUGAAUUCAAGGAAAUACCCGAUACUGACAAUGAAUUAACGAAAGAAAAAAAUAAUACAGAUAAUGCUAAAUUAGAAACAUUAAUUAAUAAGGAAGAAACACAUGGUCAAAUAUUAGAGAAUAAAGACAACAUUAAUAAUGUCAAUUUAAAGGAAGAAGUAAAAUAUGUUGAAGAACAAAACUUAAAUACUUCUAAUAAAGAUUCAAUAUCAAAUAAAAGUAAUGCUAGUAACAAUAAAAACAUUAGCACUAAUUCCAUAGAUAAUGAAAAUAUUGUAGAUGUAGCUAAAAAUCAAGAAACAAAUAAAAUUGAAGAGAAUACAGAUGAUGUUAAUAAAAAAUAUGAAAACAUCCCAAGUGAUGAAAUAAAAGAAAGUACAUUAAACAAAGAGGAGCAAUUUGAAAUUACUGAGAUAGCAGCGGUGGCAAAAGAAGAAUUAAAUGUUAUUAACCAUUUACAUGAAACCCAAAAUGACAACCAAGCUGAUAACAGCUUAAAUUUAGAACCAAAAAUAGAAGUUAUUGAUGGUAAAAUUAUAAAACAAAUUGUAUCCAAUACAGAACCAGAGUUGACAAAUAUUGAUGUCAAAGAAAUUAAUAAUAAAGAAGAGGAGAUUAAAGACAGUAACAAAAAAGAAGCUUGUGAAAUAAUUGAUGCAAAAGAAAAUAAAAUUAAUGAAGAAAAAAGGGAAGUAUCAGAAGGUCCCGAUAUGAAUAACUCAACAGACCCCAAAAUAACUAAAUCGGCAGAAAAUGAUUUACCUGAAGCUAUUAUAACCAAAGAAAACACUUCCUUCUUAAAAAAUAUUGUUAAUAAAAUUGAAAAAACUUUUCAGUCCAAAAGUAGGACUAAAGAAGGAGCAGAUAACAAAUAUGACACCAAAGGAGACACAAAUAUUAAGGAUUCAGAGGAAAAUAAUGUAAAUAAAGAUGUAAUAAUUCCAUCAACCAAAAGUUUUGAUGUGAAUGAAUUAGGAAAGGAAACUGAUGGAGCUUCAAAAAUAGAAAAUGAAAAUGCUAGAAAUGCUUUAAAGUCAACAGAAAAAUUUGAAGAUAAUAAAGGAGAUAUUUCAGUUAUAAAAAAUCAUGAUUCGGCAUUGUUUAUUCAAAAUGAACAAAGUCAUGUUUUUAGGAAUGACAAUUCUCAUAGUAUUACACAAGAUCAUACUCUUCAAAGUAAUGAAAGUACUUCCAAAUCUGAUCGUGUACUUCAGGAAAAAGCAACACCAAUUAAUGCUGAAAUAGCUAAUUCAAUCAAAAGUUUUGAAAUAAACCAGUUAACAAAUAAAUUUGAUGGAGAAUCAAAAACGGAAGAUGAAAAAGAUGUUAGUCGAGAUGUUUUAAGGUCACCAAAAAGUAUAGUUAAUAAAAUUAAAAAAACUUUGUCAAAAAGUAGCAUUCAGCAACAAACAGAUAGUAAUAUUGAUGACACAAAAAAAGAUGAAAUCAAAAUUGUUAAAGAUUCUGAAGAAAAUAGUAAUAAGGAUAAUAUUAUUCCAUCAAAUAAAAGUUUUGAUGGGAAUGAUUUAAACAAGGGAAUUGAUGAAACGUCAAUAAAAGGUAAAGGUAGUAGGGAUGUUUUAAAGUCUCCAGAUUCUGAAGAAAAUUCAUACAAAGAUAAUAAAGUAGAUAUUUUAAAAUAUCCAGUCCAAAAAUUGGAAAAAUUAAUAACAAAUAGUGGAGAGGCAGCUAUUGAUACAGUCGAUAAAAACGAUACAAAUAAAAAAAAUGUAUCAAACAAUGAAAAUAAUGAAAUAGAGGUGAAGUCAAAACCUGACAAUGAAAACAUAGUUCAAGAAAAUUUGGAAAAAUCAACAAUGGAUGAUAGCGAAAGUAUUCAUGAUGAUUUCAGUAAUAGCGCAAAACAAGAGGAACUUGCAUUAAUUGAAAAAGAUUUAAUUACUUUUACAUCUGGAAGAAAAAAGAGAGAAAUAGAUCUAUCCCAAGAACGUGAAGAUUUAUCCCAAGAAACCAAAGAUAAUCUAGAACCAACUGAAACUAAAACUAAGGAUUCUAAAAAAGCUUACACUGGUAAAACUUCGCCAGAUAUUAAACAAAAUGAAGAGUCUGAAUCUAAAAAAGUUUGCAAAUCUAAAGAAGUGCAAAAUUUAGAUGAAGAAAUAGAUGGAAAAGAUGAAUCGUCAAAAGCCAUACAGGGUAAAGGCAAUUUGGAAGAAACCAAACAAAGUGAAACAAGAAAUUCAAAAACUCACGUAGACACUGGAGAAACUACAAAUUUAAUAGAAUCUAAGGAUACAAAAUUAGAAAAACAAAAUAUAAAUGAGGAAACAAACAAUCCCAAUGAUUCAAAACAAAUAACAGAAAAAAUAGAAGAGAAGUUAAAAGAUGAUUUAGAAGGAAAUAAAAAAUCCCCCGACUCAAUUGAUGCUGAAGAUACCAAACAUACAUCAUCAUCUACAGAUUCUCCAGAAAAAGCAAAAAAAAAGUUAGUCCAACAGGAUUCUCAGAAAAAAGUUUCAUUCGAUACAAAUCCAGUUCGAAUUAUAGAAACAAGUGACAACAAUAUUGAAGAUACAAUAACUUUUGGAGAUAGCAACUCCAUUAUAAAGGUUUUGGAUAAAAACAUAGACCAUGUUGAAGAAGAAAUAGAUAAGUUAUUGAAUUCCGCUAAGGGAGUGGAUGAAAAAAGUACAUUGGUCAAAGGAGAUCCAAUUAAAGAAGAGGUUGAUGAACUAUUAAGUUCUACUGAAAGUGUAGGUUUGAAACGGUGUAAGUCAGUUAUAAACAAAUUAGAUGAAAUUAAUAAACCAGAAAAGACUUUAAGUUUGGAUGAAAACAGUGUCAAAACCAAAAGUUUUGAUUUGAAGGAUUUAAGGAAAGAAAUUAAUAACGCUGCAGGGGAUAAUAAAACUGCAAAAGAAGAUGAAAAGUAUGAUAAAGAAAUAGGUGGUAAUGUAGAAAAUGAAGAAAAACCAAUAGUGGUCAAGAAAGAAGAUAUAUCUUCGUUUAUCGAUAAUGAAAGAAGUGAUGUAUUUAAAGAUGGGCAGUUUAUUAAAUUAAAUUUAAAUGACGAAAAUUCAAGUGUAUUAAAGGAAGAUUUACAAGUUAUGGAUACAAUAGAAAAAGAACUUGAAAAGGAAAUAAUAAGCAAUGAAGACAAUAGUUCUAUAAAUAAAGAAGAUAAUAAUAUGGAUAACGAAAUUGAAAAAGAACUUAAAACUAAAACAGAUCUUGGGGAAGAAAAUAGUUCUAAACAACAAAAUGAAGAACCAAAGAAAGAAAUAGAAAAUAAUAAUGAAGAUAAAAGAAAAAUUAAAGAACAAACUAACAAAGAAUUUGACAAGGAAAUGCAAAAUGUAGAUCAAAUUAAAGAAAAUGUUUCCAAAGAACAUGGUGAAGAACUAAAGGUAAAAAUUAAAAGCGAAGAUAAUCAUGUAGAUAAUAUGCAAGUUGAAGAAACAAACAAGGAAGGUCUUGAAAAGGAUAUUACAGGAAAUAAAGUAAAGGAGGAAAUUGAACAUAGCAUUACUAAAGAAGAUACAAUUAAUGAUAAUAUAUUAGGCGAUCAAAUGCCUACGAAAUCCAAAGAAAACGUUAAAAAUAAUAUAACUGAAGAAACCGUAACAAAAGAACUUGAAAAACCUGCAGAUCCCAUGGAUAACAUUGAAAAAGAAGAUAAUUGUGUAGAUAAAACUUUAGUUAAGGAAACUAUAGAAGAACAUGAAAAGGAAGUUCAAAAUUUAGAUCGAAUUGAAGAAACUAGUUCUAAAAUUCAUAGUGAAGAAAUAAAGCACGAAAUAGAACAAAAAUAUAACAAUGUAGUUAAGACAAAUGUUGAAGAAAAUACCAAAAAAGAAGAACUAAGAAAGGAAAAAGAUAUUGUAGAACAAAAAGUAAAUGAGGAAAAUAUUGAAGAUACAAUUAAUAGUAAAAUAUUAGACAAUCAAACGCCGAAAAAAUCAAACACAGGAUUGGAAGAAUACGAUAAAACCAAUAAAAUUAAAGAUGUCGUAGCAAAAGAACUUGAAAAGGACAAAAAAUCUGAAGAUCAUGGUGAAGAAAGUAGUCCCAAACAACAAGAAGAAGAUUCAAAACGUAUAAGUGAGGUUAAUAUAAUGAAUAAUAAAGAAGAAACGGAUCAUUUAGAAAACGAAGAAAAACCAAUUAUAGUUAACAAGGAAGAUAUAAACUCAUUCAUCGAUAAUGAAAAAAGUGACAUUUUUAGAGAUGGAAAUUUUAUUAAGUUAAAUUUAAAUGAAGAAAUAAAUAUCGAUAACGUGGGCAAUUCAAGUUUAAAAAAUCAGAAUAUGCAAGGUGGAGAACCAAAAAAUAUGGACAUAACGGUAAAAGAAAUUAAAACAGAUUGUAUUGAAGAAAAUAAUGCCAAAAAUAAAAUCAAUGAAGAUAAAAAUGUAGAAAAAACUAAGGAAGACAAAAAUAAUAGUGAAAUAUUGGGCAAUGAAAUGGAAACUAAAUUAGAAACAGAAAAUAACACAACUGAUAAAACGGAUAAAAAUAGUCCAAAAACAAACAAUACAAUACGAAAUGAAGAAAGUCCCAAAACUACUAAAAAUGUGAAUACCAAAAAACAAUCAAAAAUUCCUGAAACCGAUGUUAAAAAAUUAUCAAAAAAUAAGUCUUUAAAUAAACCCUACAUUAAAAAUAAAUCUUUAUCACAGGAUAACAUAAAAGUUAACGAGGCCCCAAAUAAAACAACAAACUCGAAAUUAAAAAGGAAUAAAUCCGUUGAUGUGGUAAAGAAUUCCAGAAUUCCAGAACAUAAAAGUAGAAUUCCAACACCCAAUAAGGCAAAUCCUAAUAUAAAUAAUAAAGGGAAUGGAAAGGAUACUUCCCCAAGAUUAAAGAUGGGUAUUGUCGACCUUAAUAAAAAUUUAAUGGAUUCAGAUCAUCUUAAAAAAUCGCCAAGAGUUUUAAGUGGGAAAAAAUCACUACAAUUAACUGAUGAAGCCAAAGAAGAAUCAAAAGAGGAAGAUUCUGUAAAAGAAAAUAAGGGUUUGGAAAAUAAAAAAGAAAUAUCAACUGAAGAUAAAAAUAAUUUCAAAGAUGAUGAUGAGCAAAAAAAACAAGAAUAUAAGGAAAACAUUAAAGAAGGCAGUGAAGAAUCAAAGAAAAAUACUGGCAGAAAAAUAGUACAUGAAGUUUUACAAGAAAAAAAAGAAUCUAUUAUAGAAAAAAACAUUAAUUCGGAUAAUGAAGUAAGGAAAGAAAAUGUAAGCAGGGAAGAAGAAGAAGAAACAGUUAAAGAUGUUAACGAAGAAAGCACCACUGAAAAAAAUAAAAAGUUAAAUCAAAUUACUGGUAAAGAAAAUGAUCUUAAAAUUGUUGAUUGUGAUGUUAGCUCAUUAGAAAAAGAGAAUGCUGAAAAUGAUUUAGAAAUUCAGAAUACUGCAAAUAAAAUUGAAGAUCCUGAAUUAGGAGAGAAAGGCCAAAAUAAAAAAACUAUAGAAAUAAUUUCGGCUAAAAAUAAUGCAAAGAAUCAAGAGGUUUCUUCUAAAAGUCAAAAUAAUGAAGAUGGUAAAGAUACUAAAAAUGAGAUAAAACAUAAAGAAGAAUUUAAUGUUAAUGAAAAAGAAGAGAAACAAGAAAAAAACAAAAUAUCCAAAGAAAUUACAGAAGAAGAAAAACAAUCCAGAUUUGAUUCAAGUAAAUUAAGCAACGAAUUAAAACAAAUUCAUGAAGAUGCAAAACUAUCUUCAUUUAAAACCAGCUACAAUCCGUAUGCAUUAAGACAAGAAAUUAAAAAGGCUUCUCAAGAAAAAUCAGAUAAUUCUGUAGAAAUAAAAAAUGGUUUAAUAGACGUUGCAGCUGCAUUAAAAAUACAGAAAAAUUGGAGGAAGUUUAAAAAUAAAAGUAAAAAAAAUAAAGAAGCUCUGAAAGAAAAAAACGUAUUAACUAUAAGUGAGGUGAUGGCUGCUAUUAAAAUACAAAAUAGUUGGAGAAAAUACAAAAAUAAAGCAAUAAAUAAAGACAAUAAAACUGUCAAAAAUAAUAAAAUAAAAAUAAGUGAUGUAAUGGCAGCGUUGAAAAUUCAAAAUAGCUGGAAGAAAUACAAACUCAAAAAGUCCAAAAAUAAUGAUGAUUUUUACAAAUCCGCCCUUUUGAUACAAAAACUAUGGCGUGGCUUUAAAGUUAGAAAAGUGCAAUCAGAAGGAAAACUCUUUGGUUUGUUGAAAGAUGAUGAUAAGAUUAAAAAAAUUGAAGAACUAAAAUCCCCAACUGAACAUUUAAAAACAAAUAGCCAUCAUUCUGCAGCGUCAAAAAUACAAGCACUAUGGAGAGGUUUCAAAGUCAGAGAAAAUAUACUGGGUGUUCAAAACAAGCUACAACUAAUGGAAAAUAACGAAAACUCAAAUAAAAAUAAAACAUUGAGUGAGAGUGACAUUAUGAAAGCAGCUACCAAAAUUCAAGCAAAUACACGUGGUUAUCUGCAAAGAAAAAAAUUAAAGGAACAUACAAACACAUUGAUGGCAAUAGAUGAAGAUACGAAUAAAGAAAGUGCAAAUACAUUAACUGACGAUGAAAUAUUGCAUACAUUAAAACAACUGGACAAAAUAGAGAUUCCUAAAGACGAUUUAACAAAUGGAAGGACAAGACUCACUAGAAGUAUUACUGUCGAUGAACCUGAACAUAAAAAGAGAAUUUAUGGUUUAUUGACUAACUCACAUUCUUUAAAUAUUGAUGAAGGGGUAGUUGUGGAUGAGGAAGAUAACGAUCUCAUGGAUAGUAACAAUAAUUUCGAUGAAAAAUCUGAUUUAACUCCCUUGGAAAGUGAAGUUAAACAAGAAAUCGACCGCAUAUGCAAAACAGCAGAGGUUCGAGAAAAUGUUGACGACUCAAAAAUAAACACAGACAAUAUUAAUAAAAUCAAAGACCAUUCUGACGUAGAUAAUCGAGCAUGUAAACCACUCUUAACGACCGAAAACAAAAAUAAACAAAGUAAUACUAUCGAACACGAUUCAAACUCAAACAAACAUUCGAAUAAAAGUAGUGAUAAAUUAUACGCAGGCAAAGCGAGUGGUGAUGACCUAAAUACUGACUACGAAAACGCUCCCACCAGACCACUAACGUCUGAAAGAGAUAACGAAAAUAAACAGGCAAAUGGAAAGCAUAUGAAGAGUAAAGAUGGUAGUGAAAUAUCAAACGAUGAUAUUAAACAAAAUGUACAUAAAACAGAUACUGUAGAGGAGCUCGAAGAGAGACCCAUAAGUAUUGACUCCACGGAUUCUGCAGAUACGGUGAUCCUCAAUGAGAAUUAUAAUAAAGACAAUGAAAAUCAGAGUAAAGGAAAUAAAGAAGAAAGUGCUAAUACGGAAAAUAAAAAAUCUAAAGUCAAUUUAUUUGAUAUUGCGCAACUAAGGCAUGAAUUAGAAGAAGCUGGUUUAAUACACCACAAACACUUUACUUCUUUUGAAGAUGUUGACAGUAAUAUAGAUAAAAACAGUGAUAAUAAUGUAGAAAGUCACUAUGAUGUAACUUUACCAAAAGAUGUUAAGGAUGUGAUUGAUGAAGAAACCAAACUAUACAAAUCAAGGUCGAGUGAGAGUCUUGCUCCAAUCUUGGAAGAACAGGAUUCUAUAAAUGAAGAUGCAAAGACAAAAUUCAUCAACGAGGGGGUGCAAGUGGAUUCGCCCAAUGAAAUAAGACUUGUUCACACAGGAGAGUUUCACGAUACAGUCGUCAUACCUUUAUCUCCUCGUUCAAGCAAAAGCAGCAGCAAAACUCCCGAUGUGGAUGAAAAAGUUGGUGGAAAUGUUGGGGAAGCUAAAUCUCAAGUCGACAGCUCCAUGCAGACCACUCCACCACGUACGCAGGCUCAUUUGAGUGGUGAAGAAAGCGUGCCUCCAGGUCAAGUAUUUGUUAUUAUAGCUGAUUGGUUCAGUUAA